CAGAUGAAGAGACAGAAUCAACAUCAACUACAGAUGAAGAGACAGACCCACAGAACAGAGAUCAGAGGAAGAGGAGGGACAGAAGUCAUGUCCAAAGUGUGGACAGGUCUCACGUGUCAGAAGGUCAGUGUGACUCUGAUGUUGGAAAAAAUCCCAAGAAAACAAAUGUUGGUAAGAAAUACAAACAAUCGCAAAAAGAAGAGAGACUUUCCUCUAUCAAGUCUGGUAAAAACUCAAGAAUAAUUACUAACCCGUCUGACUACAUGGAGACUGGGUCUGAUGAAAGAUGUUAUAUCUGUAAAGAAUGUGGUAAAAGCUUUUGUGACAUAUCUCAGUUCAGAAUUCACAUAAGAAUCCAUGCAGAAGAUAAGAGAUUUACUUGUAAGGAAUGUGACAAAAGUUUUAAUUACAUAUCUCAUCUCAAAGCACACAUGAGAACUCACACAGGAGAAAAGCCUUUUUCUUGUAAAGAAUGUAAAAAAAGUUUUAGUCAAGUAUCUUCUCUCAACAAACACAUGAGAACUCACACAGGAGAAAAGCCUUUUUCUUGUAAAGAAUGUAAAAAAAGUUUUAGUCAAGUAUCUUCUCUCAACAAACACAUGAGAACUCACACAGGAGAAAGGCCUUUUUCUUGUAAAGAAUGUAAAAAAAGUUUUAGUCAAGUAUCUUCUCUCAACAAACACAUGAGAACUCACACAGGAGAAAAGCCUUUUUCUUGUAAAGAAUGUAAAAAAAGUUUUAGUCAAAUAUCUCAUCUCAAAACACACAUGAGAACUCAUACAGGAGAAAAGCCUUUUUCUUGUAAAGAAUGUAAAAAAAGUUUUAGUCAAGUAUCUUCUCUCAACAAACACAUGAGAAAUCACACAGGAGAAAAGCCUUUUUCUUGUAAAGAAUGUAAAAAAAGUUUUAGUCAAAUAUCUCAUCUCCAAACACACAUGAGAACUCAUACAGGAGAAAAGCCUUUUUCUUGUAAAGAAUGUAAAAAAAGUUUUGGUCAUAUACAUCAUCUCAAAAGACACAUGAGAACUUGUAAGACUUUUUCUUGACAAUGUAAGGAUUCAGUGUGAACUCUAAAUUCUAAACUUUUCUAAUAAGAGGUCGAUCUCUCAACCUCUGUACCAGAAUCAGAAUCAGCAGAAUACUUUAUUUUACCGGGGGAAAGUUCUGUAUCUAAAAAAAAAUUAAAUAUUUUAAAAUAAGUUUUUAAUGCUUAAACUUCUGGGGUGAAACCUCAAUGUUCUAAUGAACUCCAUAGCAACCUGAGCUUUCAUUUCAUGUACACAGAGCCACAGGCUGAUGGCCUCCAUACCAUAUUGAUGCAGUAACUUCAUUAGAGGGAGGCACAAGUGAGAAUU